GCCAUGGCGUACUCCACCGUGCGGAGGGUGGCCCUGGCCUCGGGGCUCGUGCUGGCCGUGUCGCUGCUGCUGCCCAAGGCCUUCCUGUCUCGCGGAAAGCGGCAGGAGCCGCCACCUGCGCCGGAAGGAAAGUUGGGUCGAUUUCCACCGAUGAUGCAUCAUCACCAGCCACCCGCAGAUGGCCAGACCCCUGGGGCUCGUUUCCAGAGGUCUCACCUUGCAGAGGCAUUUGCAAAGGCCAAAGGAUCUGGUGGAGGCACUGGAGGAGGAGGUAGUGGAAGAGGCCUGAUGGGACAGAUUAUUCCAAUCUAUGGUUUUGGGAUUUUUUUAUAUAUAUUAUAUAUUCUAUUUAAGCUUUCAAAGGGGAAAACUACUGCAGAGGAUCGGAAAUGUUCUACUGCCACAGCUGGAAACACCCACAGGAAAAUUACCAAUUUCGAGCUUGUUCAACUGCAAGAAAAACUGAAAGAGACAGAGGAAGCCAUGGAAAAAUUAAUCAACAGAGUGGGACCUAAUGGUGAGAGAGCACAGACUGUGACUUCCGACCAAGAAAAACGGUUGCUGCAUCAGCUCCGAGAAAUCACCAGGGUCAUGAAAGAAGGAAAAUUCACAGACAGACCCACUCCAGAGAAAGAAGCUGAAGAGGCCCCUUACAUGGAGGACUGGGAAGGUUACCCUGAAGAGACUUAUCCAAUUUAUGACCUUUCAGAUUGCAUCAAGCGUAGGCAAGAAACAAUCCUGGUGGAUUACCCUGACCCCAGGGAGCCCUCUGCUGAAGAAAUAGCAGAAAGAAUGGGAGUCCUAGAAGGUGAAGAAUCAGACCAUUUGGGUUGGGAAAUACCCACUGACCCCAGAGCCCAGGAAGAGAAUUCUCUUACCUCAUGUGACCCAAAGCCAGAAACCUGUUCCUGCUGUUCUAAUGAAGAAGAGGAUCCCGCAGUCUUGGCAGAGAAUGCUGGAUUCAGUGCAGACACUUACACUGAGCAAGAGGAAAUCACCAAGGAAGUAUGGGCCCAAGACUUCAGAGAUGAAGGCCUAGGCAUCAGCCCUGAUAAAGCACAUACAGGUGCCACCUUGAGGAAGCGGAACCCCCAGGGUUUUGAGUUGAAAACUACUGGUUUGGGGAAGUAUCCAUUACUCUAGUCCCAAGGUGACCUCUCUCUCCUCUGAUUUCAUCCUUGGCCCUGUGCCCUGAACUUCAUUCUGUGUUUAAGUAUCUUAGCUAAUCAGGCCACUACCAUGGAUAUCAUAUAUCCUUCCUGGUGCUCACACACCUGUCACCUUGUAAAACACCAUAGCAAUUAGUAUGAAUACAGUACAGCUUCACUGUCUCUUCAUGCUUUCCCUCCACCAGAGUUGAUCCACUGAGUAAAUAUGUUUGAGCUAUUGUACACUCAGGGGCAGAGGUCUGACUCUUCAUGCCAGGAGUAGCAGAUGGUUUACCUGUGAACAAACAUCAGUUUAUACAUCAUGAGGACUUAACGUUGCAAAAGUGAAGGUUUCAGAGUCCGAGAUGCCUUACUCUGCAGGCCUUGAGCAGGUUAGUGGUCCCCUGAUUCAAGAGAACAUUUUGUUAGUGGGUAUGAUGGGGCCAGAGGCAGGGUAAGCCUCCGCUCCGCUGUGUGAACUGAAGCCCCUUCUCAGUGAGGGCCUUUUUAGGAGCACUGUUGCUGCCCCGAUCACCAGGGAAUGUGUCCAGAGACCUGUUGGGGGACUGUUACUCUGGUAUUGCUGGAUCUCUAGCUUCCUUUAUCCCUGUUCCGUUUCACAGAACUGUCAGCCCAGAAGCACCUUUGUACCUCUGGCCUUCAGUGGCCAGAGGGAGCUUUAAAUAGACACAGUCCUUGCCCUGCAGAGCCAAUGCUGGAGGCUGUUAAGGCUACAUGAAAGCCUGUGUAAGGGUGGUGCUCCUCCGUGAGACCCUCAGGCCAGAGGGUCAGAGCUAGGGAGAGAAUCCGUGUACUUAAUCACAAGCCUUGCCUAGAAGCAAUUUCUAAAUGUUGUGCCCUCUGGGAAAUUUAUUCUUACCACAUGAAUUGAAACAAAUGAGGAGGACUGAGCUUAUAGACAAAGCACCAGCCCGCAAGGAAAGUUGCAGUGUAUGUCUGUUGCAGAGAACCAAUAUAGCAGUUCCCAGGGGAAGAGACUAUUCUAUAUUCAGGUAACUGGGUCUUUUGAGAAAGCUGGAGGGAAGCAGGAGGUAGGUUAAGACUGGGAGGAUUUUGACCAAACUAAAGGCCUCAUCUCUAAGGUGCCACCUGUCAUGUGUCUUCUUGAGAUAAGAUGGCACCCAUAUAUCCUGUCGAGUAAGGAUGAGUGAAUUCAGUUUACAUGUAAGACCUGAGAAUUUAAAGAGGACACAUUUCCAAGAUCAUCCCUAGUCAUGAAAUGUGGAAAACUUGAAAACUAAGAAAUGAUGUAAAGGUAGAUAAGGCUUUUGGAAUUCCAUUGUUCCUGGUCGACUGAGAUGCCAGGAAAAGUUUAAAUCCCACAUAUAAGCAUAGAGACUGCUGUCAGAAGGUACGGGAUCAUAGUAAGAUAACACAUCAGUGACUAGUAGGCAUUUCUUAUUAAAAUUAACAUUUGUUACAGAGAAAAGUCAUUGAAGAUUGAGUCUGUAGAAGUAUUUGCAUCCGUGUGUAGAACCUUUGAUUCAUUUUAAAGAGUACAGCUUAAAAUGUACUGGAAAUGAUCUAGAUGUAAUGUAAUGCCCAAGGUAAAAAAAUAAUGUAGGUGCUCUUUACUGUUUCGAUAAAUUGUUUUCCCUGUUAUUUCCCCUUCAUUCACUGUAAGUGGUUGAUUUGUAAGGAGUCCUGGGUCCCUGGUUCCUUUUUUUGCCUUAGUAUGUAUGGUUCCUUAUUAGAGAUGUGUGUUUGUUUCUAACUUAUGCAUUCAGUUAUUCAUUUAGCAGGCACUGUCCAGAGCUAGGUGGUAGGAACAGAGGCUCAAUUCCUACGUUUAAGAAACAGAAGUUUAGUGUGGGAGCUUUGUCCAAUUUGUUUAAAUGAAGAUUAACUAUAAAAGGGCUUGAGAUUGUGAAUUUUGCAGGCAGAGAAAUGUUGGUCAGGAUUCCAUCCCUGCCUUUUCUAUCUGUAGACUCUUGUCGGCUCCUUACCUGUGCUGAGCCUUGGCUUUCUCCCAUCUGAUGCAGGAGAGUAGAAGUCCAGCUCUCACACGGUGGGUAGGAGGAAUGAAUGUGAAUCAUCAGUGCCAGUAAAACAGCAUUUGCCCUCCUACCUCCUACGUGGUAACUACUCACUGUUAGCUAAUUUACUCUUAUUGUACAAAGUUUUACAUUGUAAUUGAGAUGUGGACCCAGAUCUACAAGAAUACAAAGAUCAUUUUUGCCAAAGUACUUCCAAGAAGCUUUCCUGGGGAGCUGGAUCUUCAGGCAUGCUAAGAACUUCUCCAGGUGGCUGAGGAACAGAAUGGUCAUUCUUGGCAGAAAAGGUGGUAUUGGAUGUAACAGUGACAAGUGUGAAAAGUAUAUGGAUGUUCAGGUAUUUUUAUGAGGCUGGUAUAUAAGGUGUUGUAUAACCAAGUCUUUAUUUUGAAUGUUGAUCUUUGGGAGAAACUGGCUCAUGGAACUAGGUCCUGCCAGAAGUACUAAGAGCUCUGGAUGGCUCUUACUGCCCAAGCUCUUGGUUGGCUUAUACAGCAGGGAUAUAUUAGCAUAUUUCUAUUUCAGAAAUUUUGAUGUAUUCAUCAGUCAUUUAGAUUAGUACUUUUUGGAUUUUCCAAAAUUAUUUUGUCCUUCAGAGAGAACAAUUAUAUGUAUAUACAACCUGGGAUGACCAAAAUCAUAGGACUGGCUUUUGUUGUCAUGUGUGCUCUUUUCUUAAUGUCUUUCUUCUCAAAAAUGGUCUGAACUGUGAGCCUGAUCAGGUACUAGGUCCUCAGUGAUCUUUGAGCACCGUGCACAGUGCUCUGUCCUAGUUCUUGGGAUAAAUAGCCUUGGAACUAAGGGCCUCACCUUAUUUUCCUGUCCAUGGUCCUUUCCUGGAACCAUUCUUGGUCAGGUGGGUGAACCAGUCAGGAGAGCCUCUUUCCUGGUCAUAAUAGGAGCAUAAGGAAAGUGCCUUGUGAACUCCAGGACUAGCGGUGCACAUGCUCUAAAAAACUAGACCCAGGGGCAGCCCGGUGGCUCAGCAGUUUAGCACCACCACCUUUAGCUCAGGGCCUGAUCCUGGAGACUCGGGAUCGAGUUCCGAGUUGGGCUCCCUGUAUGGAGCCUGCUUCUCCCUCUGUCUCUCAUGAAUAAAUCUUAGAAAAACAAAAAAACAAAAAAACCCCCAAAAAACCACAAACUAGGCCCAGGAAGGAAGGCAUGUUGAAGAAUGGAGGUAUUUUUGACUGUUAGAAGAAGUGGUCUAUGAAAACCACACUCUCUCUACUUUCUAUGGUUUAGGUGAUGAAUAACCCAUGGUCCAAACUAAGACACCUUGAGAAAAGGUUAGAACUUUAAUUAUAAUUAUGCCAGGACAAUAGGUAUAAACCAGGACUGCCUUGGAUAUAUGGUCACCCUGGCCAUGACUAUUUAAAAGAUUUGUCUUUAGCCUGACCACUAACCCAACAAAAACCUCUGGUAAGAACUUGCAUAUGGUUUCCCACAGAGGCAGAGCCAAGGACUUGGGCCAUGGUAAUGAUAGGAUCUUGGCCACAUAAAAACUCCAAAUUGAGGGUAAAAAAAAAAACCCAACUCUGCUUACUUUUGUUCCUAAGAACCAGUCCCCACCCCCCGGGCAUACUUCGGUUAGAGAAGCCCUCUGCAGGAAUGAGCGGUUUAGUUCCUAAGUAUCUUCUAUCCUUAACUAUUCUUCAGCCCUUCUCAGCCUGGUAUGUGGCCAGAGGAGGACAGCUUCAGCCCACCACGUGAUAGUGCUUC